AUGACGCGAAGCAUCGCGCGAAAGCCAAAACGGCGCUCCAAAGCACAAAUCCAGUCUCUGCACAAGGCAGAUCUUGCUCGUUGGCCCAACCGACACGACGAGGAAGCGGAAAACGGCAUGUCUGCAUCUGAAAAGACUAUACAUGACCUCAAGCAUCAACUAUCCGACUAUGAACAGCAGUUAAAAAACCAGAAAACGAAAUAUUGGAAUGAAAGAAGAAGGAAUCACCGCCUCCAAAAGGCCCAUGUUGCACGAAAGGUGGACCUAAAACAUAUAAAGGAGCAGGCAUAUAGGAUGCGGGGUGCAUUGCAGAUGUUGGGAAAGGAACUUGGGGAAGUCCAGGCUGUUGCCGAUGAAUCAAUCUGUCUUCUCCAGGCCAGGGUCAAAGAAUUGCAAGAAGCGAAGAAAAACUUAACUCAAACAAGUGCCGUUCUUCGAAAAAGGACAAGAAAGAUCACGUCACAGCUGAAGUCAUUGAAGGAGCGGAUGCGAAAGAAGCGGCAGUCAUCAGAAUUUCGUAUGACUCGGCGGGGAAUUUAUACUCAACAAACUCGAGCCCUCGCAAGACUCAUGGUUUCAUCCGGUAUGAAAAUCACUUACAGUUCAGAUUCGACGUCUCACAAGCACAUCGAGUUUGAAUCCCGGACUAUUGCGCUGAAGGUUGUUGAUUACUUGAAUCCAACUAAAGAACCAAAGUGGACGAUGCGUACUUUGGGAGUAGGGACUUCCGUCAACCAUACAAGCGAGAUGCAAGUCAAUGGAUUGAAGGAGCGCCUACAAGAAAUUGCCGAAAUCUUUAAUAACAGCCCAUUAGCAAAACCAGACCAGAAGAAAAGUCACGAAAUCUUGCGGAUUUGGAGGAUGGAGGUGAUUCUCCAGCGUCUAGGAGAGGAGGCUCUUUUUCAGAUGGACGUCACAAGGGUCAUUGCCCUUUUUGUACCUUUAAAAGGGAAGCAAAUCGAAAAGCAUGGUGGACAAGAAGCCUGGGACAAACUCACCGAAGACAAGCGAGCAACUGCCGACAUCGAGAUUAUUCGAGAGGUUGGGAAGCAAGUCUUCGAAAAGCUGCCCGAGGAUCACCAAAGGUGCCUUACCUCCUUCAUUCGGACAGGGUGCUGCAUGCACAAGGAUCUGAACUGUGUCAAAUGGGGAGAUAAGGCAGUGCAAGGGAUGUGGGAGAAGGAAAACAAGACACCACCUAUUCUCCUUGCCAACAAGGACAACGCUGCUGUUCUCGCUGGGCGAACCGAAUCUUCUACUCAGACCAAUGCUGAAAUACGAGCUGAAGAAGUCUCAAAACAUGGUGGAAGUCAUACCACAGCCCUAGGUGGCAUGAUCUGUCGAAACAAAGAUACGAAAAAGGGUCAGCAAGACACAUAUGACUAUUAUAUGCUGUGCCAUGUUGGCCACCGUGUUCCCUAUCCCGACGUCAGUAACACCUGCUAUGGAUCCCAUGGAGAGGCCGCGGGAACCAUAAUUGCCUAUCACCAACACUUUAUCAAUUUCAUGGAGUUUGUACGAAACACGAAGGACAAACCUGGGGAGAUGAAUAUCGAGAAGAACUUUGCGAACGCCCUGAAGGAUACGCCAACGUUAACGGAACUCUGCGUUCUGGCAUUGUAUCACGUUAACAUUUCACAGCCCUUCAUGAAGCAUGUCCGUGCCCACAAGAAUCUUCUGGAUUUGAAGUCCUUCUUCGAAAAUAAGGUUACCUUUUUGAAUCGAGUGAUCGGCGAAACGGAGAUUUGGACAUCGCAGGAAUUUACGCAUGAGGCUGGGACCCUAGAUGGUGAUGAGUGGGAUGAGUGGGGGAUGAAAGUCAUGAAUGCGGUGAAGGAACUUGCACCAAGCCUUCCUGACCUCAAAUCAGCAAUUCUCGCAUUUGUUUCGGGUGCCCGCGACACGUUCGUUGAGCGUUUCUCUGACGAAUUCAAAGAGGCCGGCGAUAUCGAUAAAUUGACCGAGGCGGAACGACAGACCCUCUUUUUUUCACCCACAAAUGAUGGGAACGAAGGAGCACUUCGGAGCCUUCGUCUUGGAAAAAGGCGACGACCUGGAGAGACAUUGCACAAAUUCAACGCGUUGUUCACGGCGAGGCAGAACCACACUGAAGAGUUCAUGUCAGAAAAAUUGAAAGAGAACGUGGAUCACAUUUACCUCAGGCAGGUAGCGUGUACCCGUGAUGAGAGUCAUUUUCAGAGGCGGAUGAAGGAAGCACAGAUCGAGUCCGACAAGGCAAAAGUGGCGGAGAACGUGUUGAAGGAGGCCAAAAAACAAGGAAAGCGCAACGAGAGAGAGGCGAUGCUUGUGGAAACGGGAAAAAGCUAG